UAUAGUUUAUCGUUCGCCCUGCACCUAUAUUUUAUAUACCUAAUUAUCGGGGCGAUAAUACACACGCACUCAUUCACCGCAUCGACUUCGAGACAACACUGCAAGCGAUCCGCCAAGGAGCAGAUUCUGAAAUAACGGAUAUCGUACCGCAUAUUUAGGUUUGUGUAGGUAUAAACAACAACAACAAUAUGAUUCUGCCAUACGCCGCUCUGGUCGUGUUCGCUUUCACGGUGACGUUCGAUUCAUUAAACUUGUACUCGCUCGUCGUAACGGCGUUUGACAACAUAAUCUUCGAAACGUGCCAGCAAUGUCUGGAGUCAGAUUGCCACCUCAAAGAUAAAAGACCGUGCAUAACCAGAUACUGGGAGAAAUUCAAUUUUACGUGUUACACGUGCUAUACAAACGAUGAUGGUGUCCGACAGUACUACUCCGAAGAUGAAUGCAACACAGCAUGCACGGACCCGGCGAAGAAGUGCGUUUGUGAUUUUGAGUGUUACAUUUGCAUCGACAAAGAGCUGGGCAAUUUGAAGAAUUGGACGCGGUGCAAUCAUUACCGUGUUGAGGAACCAACGUGCGUGUAAGUCCCGUACGGUGCCAGUCAGCAAGCCCGCCGUGAGAUUAUAAUUAAAAUAAUAUUAUGAUAAUAUAUUUUCAAUUAUUUACAAUUGUGAUUUUUGUUCUUAAAAAAAAAAUAAUACUGCACUGUGUAAUAAUAUUAUAUAGUAUAUAACAUACGCAUCCGAUCACCACCGCCGUGAAGAAUUUAAUAUUAUUGUUUUCACGGUUUCACUUCGCACAAUAUUCUCACACAAAAGGUAUAUCUGCCGCCGCAGUGACCGGUCGUCGUGCAUAUUAUAAUACAUAUUAUUAUCAUUAUUAAUCUGCGGCAGUGGCGCGUAAUUUAUUUUUAAAACUACCCUUCUGAUUGGUAAUAUUAGAAAUAUUACCUACAUAAAUAUGACGGUCGCCUGUUUCCCAAAAAUUUGUUCCAAUGUGUGAAAAAAAAAACAAUGAAAACACAAAACUUCUAUAUUACCUACUGUUAUUUGAUAAUCUUUACGAUGUUCCCUAUAGUAUCACAAUUAUUUAUUAUUUUACACAUCGUAUAAAUUAUACAUUAUAAUCAUAACAUUAAGUUGAUAUAUAGUGAAGAUGAUAAAUGUUUGUAAAAUUAUAUUAUGUAAUCGGCGCACUAAAAUAUCAUUCUAUGUAUUAUUUAAUCAAUAUUAAACUAUUACUCCAUCACGUAAAUACUUUGUACUUUAUUAAUUUAUUUUUUAGAAACUCUGAGGUCCGUCGUAUUCGAAUGUUGUAAAACUGCAUCUGGUCUAUAUAAGAUGAGUUCAUUAUUAAAAAAAUAUUAUUUGCUAGUAAUAUAUACAGAGUGAUUCACCAAGAAUUUUUUUGAAAUCGUUAUACAUAUUUUAAAACCAUAUUUUAAAAUUAUUGAAAUUUUUUUCAACCUUUUAUACUGUUCAUUAUUUAGCUUUGUAGGCAAUGGUAAAAUGCAUUUUAGUAAUUUACAUAUAUCUAACAACAAUAAUUAUUAUAAUUUGUAAAAAUGGUCAAAGCUUAAUAAAUACUAGAUCUAAUAUUACAUUCUGUUUUAUAUUUUUAUAAGACCAUUUUUAAUGACUAUUAUCCUUAGUGUUAACAUUUAAACAAAUAAAAAGGUACUAGUUCAGAUUUUGAAUCAGGUACCUCCAUUUUCAAAAAAUUUAUUUACCAAAACAUUUACUGUAAAAAAGAAAGGUUCUCAUUUGAAAAACAGAAGUUUGCAGGUAUCACCAUUCACCACAGAAUACUUUUUAAGUAAUAUAAAAUGUUAUUUGUUGGGUCAAAAAGAGUGAAAAAUUAAAACAAGGCUUCUGAUAUAUUGUUACAAUAGUAGUUGAAAAAUAUUUAAAAUACAUAUGUCGAUUGUUUUUAUAAGAAUUUAAAGUUCAAUUUUGACAACGUUUAUCAAAUUUUAAAUUGAUUUUGUAGUUAACAAUCUAUAAUAUGUUCAACUAUUAUAGCUAAAAAUUGAAAAUUUAAGUUAAGGUUUCCACGUAAGUAGGUAACCAAAAAAUCUCAAAAAUAUAAAACACAGUGUUUUUAUUGUUAUUUUACGUUCAAAUUUGGACGAAAUUACAUAUUA